AUGACAACACCAUCAUCAGGCGCUUAUCUGAAUCCAUUCACAAACGCUAAUUUUUAUGGAAAUCCUUAUUCGAUAGAUCUACCACAUCAGAGCCAACCGUUUGGCGAGGAUGUGUCAUCGAACGUGAUCAUAGAUGUGGUCGGAAUGGAGAUUAAUGAAGAGAAGAGAACAGGAUUCGAACAGAAUUGCUCAGAUGUUCAAAUUGAAAUUUUAAAAAAUAAAUCUCGAAAACGUCGUUCACUUUGCAAUAAUGAGGAGCCACUAUGUAAACGAAGAAUGGAAAAAGUUAGCGUUCGUUUGGAAAAUUUCCACAUAUCAAAUGAUUCAUGUUCAUCAGUAGUGGAUUCUAAGGAUAGUGACUCGGAAGAUACUAGUGAGGAAGACAUCGAGAAAGAUGAUGCACUGUUGAUUCUAGACGAGAGGCUACGGAAGUAUAUUGAACAUGAGCUUAAAGCUCCACCUAUUACUAUUAGCAAUCCUUUAUCGAUGGCUUUAGUACCUUAUGUGCCACCUAUUUCGUAUGAUAAUCCAACAAUGAUUGGACGAAUCAAAGAAAUUGAUACUCAAGAUGCAGUAGGAUACGUAUCUAAUGAUAAUGGUUUUGUUACUUUCCCGGAUGAUCCGCACACAGUAGAGUCGGAGAAUUGCUCUAAUGAGAUGAUUAGCAUUAAAUUGCCGUUUUCUAUGAUGAGUGCCACAGAAAUAGACUCCUGUAUACAAGAUGAUGUCAUUAUGGAAAUCGAUAAUUUAUAG